GAACUGCCAGUCACAACAUUGCUUUCGCUUCUGAUAUCUUUGUCACAUAAAGACGACAUGCGAAUUUUGUAGAUUCGUCAGUAAUUGAUUCAUUUAUUGAGUCAUGCAAUUACCUAACACGUAUGAUGUCAUUUUCCACAACUUAAUCGCGGUCAAGAACCAAGAGAGCGAGUGCGGUCUGUUUAAUUUGCUAGUUAAACAUUGCGACAGGUAGCUAACCCCCCUCUCCAAUUCUCCAUUGACUUCCUGAACGAAGAAAUCCGCUGAGAAGAUGGACGAUCGAGAGAAGACUCCGCUCGAGAUGUUGCUGACGUGCCCGGUGUGCCAGGACCUCUUUACCGAGCCGCGCCAACUGCAGUGCGGCCACAGCAUCUGCAUGUCGUGUCUGGAGAGCAUGGUGGGCCACUCCACGGAGCUGCCCUUCCGCUGCCCGGACUGCAGGGCCUAUUUCGGGAAGAUCGUGGAGGUCCAGAAGAGUUACGCGUUGGCUAGCAUCGUUGACGACUUCAAGGAGACCUUGAAGCAGAUGGAGAAAAAGGCUGCAAAGGUGUACUGCGAUUGUUGCCCCGACGACGACGACGAUGACGACAAGCCUCUGGCGGUGAAGACAUGUCUGAAGUGCGAGGUGUCUCUGUGCAGCGAGCAUGUCCAGACGCACCUGGAGCGCCGGGCCUUCGCGGCCCACCUCCUGGUGCCCCCGCUGGCCGACCUGCCCGAUAGGAAGUGCCCGCAACACGAGGACCAGGUGCUGCGCUACUAUUGCCCCACAUCGCGGCGCUACGUGUGCAGCGCCUGCACGCUGGAGGGCAAGCGGAGCGCGCUAGUGACGGACGCGGCCAGCGCCCUCGGCAGGAGGAUGACGGAGUAUAUGGAUCAACGUUUUCAAAUGAUCGAGGGUCAAAUCAACAAGCUACAGGACGACAUUGACAAUGACAAAGUGAAACGCAAGCCGGGAGAUUCUUCCCUCAACAGCGUGACCGUGAUCCUGCUCUGCCUCUGGAUCAUCGUAGUGUACUACUCGUAUAGUUUCUCAGUGGACAACCAGACGCUCACAGACACCGUGAAGAGCCAGCAGGCACGUCUGCAUGAUAUCUACUCCACCGUCGCAGAACUCUUCGUGGAAAAUCCUCUGCAUCUUCGCAGAGACCCUGAGAAUGAAGCUCAAGGUAAGACAAAUCAAGUUCCUCUCACGCUGGACCUGGGCACCGCCAAUCCUCACAUCUGGGUGUCCGGGGACCUGCGGUCUGCGCAGCUGGUGAUGACCCAUCUCGACUACCCCGUCCUCGACACCCGCUUCGACGACAUCUCCCAGAUCCUCUCCAUCCAGUGCUUUGGCGCCGGGAACCACACAUGGAUAGUGGAGGCCGAGGGGCACUGGGAGGUCGCCGUGACCCACAAGGGCAUCCCACGCAAGGGCAGCAGCGCCUUCGGAGAUGACUCGCGGUCCUGGAGCCUCGUGCGUGAGGGCGACGGGGAACCGCUGUACGCCGUGCACAGGCGCGUCCGGACCAGGCUGACCGCGGCCUCGAAGGCCAAGCGCAUGGCCGUCGCCGUGGACUUUAGGAAGGGAUCCAUCACCUUCUCCGGGGUUGGAGCCAAUGGGGGUUUCACCAGGCUGCACGAGUUCCACGCCCAGAUGACGGAGCCUGUGUGCCUGGGGCUGGGGCUGGGGCUUUACAGUUUAGACCCCCACAGCAGAGCUAGGAUCCUGGGAGCCACCUCGGACAACCAGCCACGACACCGGGUAGCCAACGGCUCUUAGUGCAGCCAUGAUGGGACUCAGGAGGGUGUCGCCCCCUAGUGGUUCUCGAUGAAUUCAUCAUGAAGGUUGCAGUUCUCCAGUCAGGGAGAGUUGAAUGUAUUACCUCGUGAAUAUGAAGUAUAUCCGGAUUACCAACAGACUAUGACUGGACAUUAGCACAGCGAUCUUUACAGCACGGGUAUUGCUUGGAUUUUAUUUGCAGGAACUGCUCUAUUUGUGGAUAUGAACAAAACUGUUCAAAAGAGUGUUGGCACAGAUUAAGGUGGAGGAAUAUUUGUUUAUUUGAUUUUGAUCUUUUACUUCAAAUUGAUAUUUGAAGCAAUGAUAUUUUUUCUCAGGGAUUUCUUUAGUAUUUGUAAAGAAUAUCUAAAAGAUGAAUCACUUUUGAUAAGACGCUAUGACAGCGUUAGGAUAACUUGUUUUCUGAACUUGACUUGAGAUACAAUAUGAACAUUGUUCCCAACGUAAUUAAGUGCACAAACAAAAUGCAUCCUUUCACAAUUUAAUAACAGUCUUGGCUAUCAAUUUUAAUUUGGGCUGUCUCACCAUCAGCAAGAAAUGUUUUGCACACAGGAAGUUCUUGAUGUACUUCCACUUCCUGUCCACCUGGGUUUUAGGACUAAUGUUCACUUUUAAACAGAGUAAAAAAAGAACUGGGGGAAUUUGUACAGCUGUUAAACAAAAUGUAUAUUUGAAAAGACAAAAUUAAUACUAUUAAAGAUAACUAAAUGUCUAAACUUAUGAUUACCGGUACAAAACAUUCUUUAAUCUCAUGGUAUGCUUCCUAGUCAUAAGAAGACAAACACACAAUAACCCAUAAACCUGCUAAACAGACACACCUAAUAUCUACUUUGGAUGGCAGGACCUAAAAUAAUGUUUCUGUACGCCUACCUGCUAAAUAAACCUAAGUCCAAUCACAGCUGUUAAAUAACUAACUAUUCCCAAGCAACAAGAAAUGCCUUUGAGUCUCAUUUUUCUUCUUGCUCAUUUAUUUCGAAAAAACGAAAGUCAAAAACAAACAUUUGUACAGAUCCACCCUCUGGCACUCGACAUGGAACCAUCAGGGGGCCGCCAGCCAUCAUACAAAAGAUUAAACUUCUCCAUCAUACAAACGGUUUUCUUGGGGCGCAAAACUACAUUUCUCAAGUUCCGUUCUACUACAUUGAAACACUGCAGAAGGUUUCAGUCAGGGACUCAAACCGAGAGCCGUCGGACAACGCUCCGAUUCCCCCAGGAGGUGGUUUUGUAUAACGAGUGGAGAUACAUUAUACAGGAUCCAUCUGCUGCUACAAAUGGUUCCCUCACUAAAGCAGACCGGGCGCUUGGGGGCGGCGGCUUUAACACUGAACUACCCUCUCCUUUCGGCAAGAGACCACCAUACGACUUUUUUCACAUUUACAAAAAAAGUAGCUUUUCGGAUUCUCAUACGUUUGUAACAGAAAACAAAUACAUUUAAGCUUCUCGGUUAUUAAGGUUGUAUAAAAUAAAUCCUUUGUAGUGCCCCGUUGCUAAAUUCCAUUAUUUUGAGAAUCCAGUAAUGAUAAAAUAGGAUUGUUUAAAUGCUGGUCUUCCGGCCCACUGGGUGAAAACUGACUGAAAAACGUUUUUCCUGCAUUUAAAAUACAUAUACAUCAUGCUCACCAUAGAGCCCCACACACGCACACACACACAGCUGACUAAGUACAAAUAAGGUAUCUGACUGUAAUUUCUCCCUAGAGUCAACAGGGCGCAACCAUGAUUCGCUUUUAUUUUCUCACAUCAGCAACAUAUGGACGAUAAAAAUAAAGUCACGACUAGUCAUAAAAGAAAAUCCUGUUUUCGGUGUGUUUGUUUUCAAGCUCAGCAGAAGACUGGAGGGGAAGGUGUUGAUGUUAGUGUCUGGUGUGCAGAA